UCGUUUAUACCAUCAUGAUCAUUCAUUCAUCCUCAUGCACUAGCUAUAGCUACCAAAUCCUCACGAGAAUCACAAAACCCAGCUUUUAAUUCUCUCCACAAACUACACAACUAACACAAAAUGCUACCAUUCAACACUACUCAUCAUCUCAAACACAUCUUCACCACUAUUUUUCUUACUUUUCUGAUAACUCUCACGGUGGCAGGCACCACCGGUGGAAGAAAGGUAGAUAUGGCAAGCGGCGGUGCACCUACGGGUGCAAGUGGUUCAGGUCAUGGUCCAAACUGGGACUACGGCUGGGGGUGGGGGUCAGCACCAGGAAGUGGGUGGGGUUAUGGUUCUGGUUCAGGACAUUCUCCUUCUGGUUUUGGUAGAGGUUAUGGGUUUGGUUUUGGAACCGGGACUGGAUCCGGUUCCGGAUAUGGUUACGGAUCCGGUAGCGGUGGUGCUCAUGGUGGUGGUUAUGGAAGUGGUUCUGGCAACUCUGGUGGAGGGAAUGGUGGUGGUCAUGGCGGUGGUUAUGGAAGUGGUUCAGGUGGUGGAGUGAAUGGUGUUGGUAGAGCUAAUAACAACAAGUCACCUUCGGAGUCUAAGGGUAAAAGUAAAACCAACCAUGGAUAAACUUGAACUAGCUAGUUUGUUAUGUGUGUUUCAUCUUGAUAUAUUUAUAUAGUUAUGAUAUUAAAAUAACUAUAACUACCAAAAAAAUAUAUAUAACUAUAUGAUUGUACUUUAGUAAGAAAAAAAAUACUGUAAUCUAUGUAUGAAUGAUUUGGUGUGUAUGCAUUAUAGCUAACAAAAUUAUGAAGUCGCUAUGUUAUAUGUUUAAUUAAAGAGCAAGUAAUUAUUUACGUGUA